AUGGCAAGCGCACAAGGUACGUCGACUUCGGCGGUAAUUACCUCGUUGGUUGCCAACUUGACACUCUGUGGAGUGUUUGUUACUGCAUUUUUGAUUCUUAGAUUGAAGUUUAAAAGAAUCUAUUCUCCCAAAUCGUCUUUUGACUUGGUUCCUGAGGACAAGAAGCCGGAACCUUUGCCCAAGGAUCCGUUUAGAUGGAUCUACAUCCUUUUGACCAAACCACAUUCGUUUAUCAUUCAGCAGUGUGGUCUUGACGGAUACUUCUUUUUGCGUUAUUUGUAUGUGUUUGGCCUUACCUUUCUUUUCGGCAUGUUGACGUGGAUGGUGUUGCUUCCUGUCAAUGCCACCAAUGGCCACGGAAAUACCGGUCUCGAUCAGUUAUCCAUCUCCAACAUUAAGCACAAGAACCGGUACUAUGCACAUGCGUUCAUGUCUUGGAUCUUUUACGGUUCCGUGAUCUAUAUCAUCUACAGAGAAUUGUUUUUCUUCAACUCUUUCCGGUCGGCUGUGUUGUCCAGUCCUAAGUACGCCAGAAGCUUAGAAUCGCGUACCGUGUUGUUCCAGUCAGUUCCAGACGCAUGGUUGGACGAGAAACAGUUCUUCAAGCUUUUCAAUGGUGUCAAACGUAUCUACGUAUCGAGAAACGUUCGUAAGUUGGACCACAAGAACAAGGAAAGAGAGGAUAUUGCUCUCAAGUUGGAACUGGCCACUACGAAGUUGUUGAAGACAGCAGUCAAAGCCAAGAGAAAGGCCGACAAGAAAAACAAGCAGGUGGAGAAGCCCGAGGACAUUAACUCGUGGGUUCCGGCCAACAAGAGACCUAGACACAAACCAGAUGGAUUCUUUUCCAAGAAGGUGGAUACCAUCGACUGGUGCCGCCAGCGCCUUGCAGAGCUCGACGUCGAGGUUUACAAGUUGCAAAAGAAGUAUAGACUCAGCUACCCAAAGAACUCCAUCUUCGUUGAGUUCGAGAACCAGUACACGGCUCAAUUGGCAUUCCAAGCUGUUGUUCACCACAAUCCAAUGAGAAUGGCUCCUGUGUUCACGGGUUUGGCUCCUUCUGAUAUUGACUGGGACAAUAUGAGACUUUUCUGGUGGGAAAAAAUUGUCAGACGUGCCAUUGCCGUUGCCGCCAUUGUGGCCUUGAUCAUUUUCUGGGCCAUCCCUGUGGCAUUUGUCGGUGUGAUUUCAAACAUCACCUACUUGACCGAUAAGAUUCAUUGGUUGCGCUGGAUCAACAGGAUGCCUGAUCGUUUGCUCGGUAUCAUCACUGGUUUGUUGCCCACUAUCAUGUUGGCUGUGUUGAUGGCUAUUUUGCCUAUGUUCAUCAGAGGUAUGGCCAAGAUGGCUGGAUGUGUCUCCAAGCAGCAGGUUGAACAUUUUACUCAGACUGCCUACUUUGGAUUCUUGGUUGUGAACGGUUUCCUUGUUACUGCUCUCUCCUCGUCCGCCACUGCAACAGUCGUUAAGAUUAUCCAUGACUCUUCUGCAAUUUUGUCUGUUUUGGCUCUGAGUUUGCCAAAGUCCUCCAACUUUUACAUUUCCUACCUCAUUUUGCAAGGUUUGACUGUUGCUGGUGGUGCAUUGUUCCAAGUGGUUGGUCUCUUCUUGUACUAUAUCUUGGGUAGAUUUUUUGACCACACUCUCAGAAAGAAGUGGGCAAGAUUCUCCGGCUUGGGCACGGUCGCUUGGGGUACUACAUUCCCCUUAUUCACUCUUUUAGCAUCGAUUACGCUCGCAUUCAGUAUCAUUUCGCCUAUGAUUCUCUUGUUCGCUGCCGUCGCUUUCUGCUUGGUGUACAUUGCCUACUGCCAUAACUUGACCUACUGUUUCGUUGAGGGCCCAGACUCCAGAGGUUCACAUUACCCUAAGGCAUUGUUUCAAACCUUCACAGGUCUUUACUUGGGUCAAGUGUGUUUGUUGGGUCUUUUCAUUGUUGGUAAGGGUUUUGGACCUAUCGUCUUGCAGGCUAUUGGUCUCGGUUUCACCAUCUUCAGUCAUUUGCACUUGAAGUGGGCAUUUGACAGAUUAUUGACAGUCACCCCAAUUGAUUGUAUGAGACCUUUGGAUGGUACCAGUGCUACUCCAUCGUACAUGGGACCAAGUGACUAUGACGAUAAGGUUUUGUUCAAGAAGCAUGGCCUUGCCAGCAGCGACCUCUUGGCCGAGGAGCAUGAGGCUAAUGAAGAUAUCAAGCGUGACUUGGAGCAGACGGUGGACAAUGGUGGCAAGCUUGUUCCACUUUUGGCCGACCGUGACUUCAAGAGCACUCAAAGCACUAACGUCAUCAUCCAAUAUUUCAGACCCGAUGUGUAUUUGAACUACAGAAACGCCAAGAAGAUGAUUCCAGCGACCUACAACAUCGAGCCAGAAGAAGAUGACGACAAGCAUGCGUUUGAUCAGCCAGUUAUUUCAGCAAAAAUGCCUGUUUUGUGGAUUCCACAGGAUUCCAUGGGCUGGUCAAAGCAAGAAAUUGAGAAGAAUGCUGACAUUGUUGAGAUGUCAGACAUCAACUCCAGUUUCAACGAGAAGGGCAGCAUUGUGAUGCUUGGGGAGCCCCCAUACUAA